CCUUCCUCUUUUCGUCAAGGUUGUGGUCAAGAUCGAUGCUCAUCCCUCGCAACCCCUCAUUACCCCAACCGUCAGCAUCGGCACCGAUACACCCGGGCCGACAACACGAAACCACCCCGUAUCUCCGACUCCGUUCCGGGCACAACAGCGGAGUACUUAAACACAACGACGACACGCCGUCCUCCCCCGCAACAAACCGCGACAAAACCACAAAACCACCAACCAAAUACAGCCUCUCUCAACUCACCAUCAAACCACCCAACUCCAAAAAAUGACCACCACCACCCAGCAAACAAUAACCCUCCACGCCCAAUGCCUCUGCCGCGCCCACUCCUUCGCCACCCCCCCGCUCCCCACCACCUCCCUCCCCCUGCCGUCCUCCUCCUGCCACUGCACCUCCUGCCGCCACCUCACCGGCGCCCUGCGUUCCUCCGACGCGCCCUGGCCCGGCCCAGCCAACGUCAUCCACGCCGCUGCUGACGCUGAUGCUGAGGGUGGGGGUACGCUGCGGCGGUAUGUGCAGACGGAGAAGAUGAAUAUACUGUUCUGUGGGCGGUGUGGGAGUCCCUUGUUUUGUGAGCAGCUCCCGGCAGAGGGCGGUGGUGCCGGUGCCGGGGAACCGGAGUAUUUGGCUUUUACGGGGGCGUUGUCGGUGGAGGGGGACGGCCCGGGUGCGACGCUGCCGCCGGUGGUGAGGUGUGUGGAUCAUAUUUUUGUGGGGGAUACGCUUGAUGGGGGGGCGCUGCCGUGGUUGAGGGGGAUGGAUGGGGAGGGGGGGCCGGCGGCGAAAGUGUGGCUUGGUGGGCGCGAUUGUAGUGAAGAGGUUCCUGCUGGGGCGCGGUGGCCGGCGGUGGGGGCGUUGGAGAAGGGGUAUGAGGCUGGGUUGAAGACUGAGGGGGCCAAGGGGGAUGUGUCGCUUCGGUGCCACUGUCGCGGGAUCGAUUUGGUGCUGCGCGCGGGCGAGGCGCAGAGGGAGUUUGAGGAGACGCAGAGAAGGGGUGGGGAGUUGCCGUGGUAUAUUGAUCCCGUCACGCACAAGGGCAUGGGCUCGCUGGAUGGCUGCGACUCGUGCCGGCUCGCAGCCGGAUCCGAGGUAUACAACUGGACCUUUGCGGCGCUCAGGCAUAUAUCGUUUGCGGGCGCCAACAAGGAGGGGUUCCCCCGAGACACGUCGCAGCUGAGGAUAGCUACCGAGGCAAAAGAUGGUGAGGGGCGCGAUCCCAGGCUAGGUACGCUCGCUUUCUACGCCAGUUCUCCUGACGUUCAGCGGUACUUUUGCGGUAGAUGCUCGGCAACCCUGUUCUACGCCGUAGAUGACAGGCCCGACAUCGUCGAUGUGGCGGUCGGAUUGUUGGACUCUCCCGAUGGCGCGAGAGCUGAGAGCGCCAUCUCGUGGUCUUUCGGGGGUGCCAUGACUUGGAGGCAGGACAUGAUCGGUACCUGGAGGGAGAUAAUGCUGCAUGCAGUGGAAAAGGAUGCUGAGGAGUGGAGGGUCGAAAGGGGUUACCCCAAGCACUGGCGCAGGGUUGCAAGGGAGGAAGCUGAGAAGGCCGGUGAAAAGUAAGAGCCACGCUUUCGGGGUUUAUAUCUGGUGCCCCUGGCCCGCGCACUGUUGC